AUGUGCUCAGGGAGUUUUGCCAAGUGUCUGGGGAUCAGUUUGAUGCCUCUGUCAAUUGUGUGUGUGCUGUGUAACAUCCUGCUCUUCUUCCCCGGGGGAACUUCUGUGGAGAGUGAACAUAUUACAGAGGAAGUCUGGUAUUUUGGAGGCAUUCUGGGAUCUGGAGUGCUGAUGAUCUUUCCAGCUCUGGUCUUUCUGGGUCUGAAGAACAAUGACUGCUGCGGUUGCUGUGGCAACGAAAGCUGUGGGCGGAGAUUUGCGAUGCUGAGCUCCAUACUGUUUGCAGCUGUGGGUGUUAUAGGGGCUGGUUACUCAGUUAUAGUUUCUGCUGUGGCCAUUAACCAAGGACCAGAGUGUGUGGUUUACAGUAACGAGACAAACAAAGUUUGGAGCAAUCCCUUCUCAGAUGGUGACUACCUGUCCAACAAAACGGCCUGGGCGAAUUGUUUAGAGCCUGCCGGCGUGGUGUCCUGGCAUCUCUCUCUGUUCUCAGUGCUGCUGGUCAUGGGUUUAAUCCAGAUGGCGCUGUGUGCUGUGCAGGUGGUGAACGGCCUGCUGGGAGCUCUGUGUGGGGACUGCUGCGGCUGCUGUGGAGGGAGCGACGGAGCUGUCUGA